AGCGCAGAUCUUAGGUGCGACUUCUGCAUUUAAUUUUUUUUGCGGUGAGACUUGUUUGUCUACAAUUUGUAUGCUUACUUGGGUAAUUAGGCCGGUUUUUACUGUGCUUAACAUCAUAUUACAACGCGGGCAGCACUUUUUGUGUUUUCUUUCCCGUCUGCAAGGUGGUUAGAGUGAGCUCGGGGCUAUUUUGCACAUGUCUGUCUGAGGUUUGACAGAACAGUUUUGUUCCUGCGACACCGCAGCAUGUGUUGAAGAUGGAAGAGGGAGCCAAGUUGCACCUGAAAGAGUGGCUGGUAGCUCAGAUAGACAGCGGGAGGUAUGAAGGACUGUGCUGGGAGGAUGAGGACAAAACCAUGUUCAGGAUCCCGUGGAAACACGCAGCCAAGAAGGACUACAAGCAGACGGAGGAUGCAGCUCUGUUCAAGGCCUGGGCUGUGUACAAGGGCAAAUACAGGGAGGGCAGGGAUAAAGCCGAUCCCACCAUGUGGAAAACCCGUCUCCGCUGUGCACUUAACAAAAGCACAGACUUCCAGGAGGUUCCUGAACGCAACCAGCUGGACAUCACUGAGCCGUAUAAGGUCUAUCGCAUUCAGCAUGACAGUGUGCCACCCAGGCCAGCAGAGUCUCCCCAAACAAAGGAGCAAGUAAUCAACAGGGUGAAGAGGUCUCCAAGAAGCCCUGCUUGUUUGGACAAACAGGUUCAUUAUCACAAGGAAUCAUUUCAAGCGAAUAAAGAAGCAAAACCGCUGACUGAAGAUCUGAUGAGGGAGCACCUGUACUGUGAGAUAACAGGAAAAAAAAUUAAAAGUGAGGUCCCUGCUCCCAUAACCUUCCUCAGCCCUACACUCGCAGUGUCAGACUUUCGUAUGCAGGUGAUGCUGUUGUACCAGGGCCAGAUGGUGAUGAAAGUGACCACCAGGAGUCCAGAUGGGUGCUUCAUCUUGCAGGGCCAUGUUCCCCUGGGGAAUGAACGGAUCUACGGACCCUGCACCGCCCAACAGCUCUCCUUCCCUUCCCCGGCCUCUGUAUCCCUGCCGUCCUCCAUGGCUGAAGCAAUGAAUCGCCUUCUUUGUCACCUGGAGAGGGGUGUGCUAUUAUGGGUGGCCCCAGAUGGGGUGUUCAUCAAACGGUUUUGCCAGGGCAGAGUGUACUGGAGUGGUCCCACGGCCCAACACACUGACCGGCCCAACAAACUGGAACGAGAAAAGACCUUCAAACUGCUUGAUAUACCUACAUUUCUCAGUGCGCUCCAGAGCUUUUUACAAGGGAAGGGACCUCCACCUCCUUAUGAGAUUGAGCUCUGCUUUGGAGAGGAGUAUCCAGACCCCAGUGUGCCUAAAAAGAAGAAGCUGAUCAUGGCAAAGGUGGUUCCCUUGUUUGCAGUGGAACUGUUGCAGAGGUUCAACUUGGAAGAGACUGAGCAGACACAGCUAAAUGUCACCUCCAACACAGAAGGAGAGAAGAUGUAAGAUGAGUGGAAAAGUGACCCUGUGUCAGGGUAGACAUGGAUAAUAUACAAGUGGAUACUGAGGCUGCAUUCAUUCAUCAUCGAAGACACCCUCAGAGCAACAGAAAAUUUUGUCUGUGGAGAUGUAGAUACAAUGAGGAAACGAUGGCUGUAUUGUAAAUCUGUUUGCCAUGCAUCAAGGGAAUUACAGAAAAUGUGCUUUGUUUUUUUUUUUACCUUGCAUCAAUGUUUUUUGUCCACUGUGCAGCUAUACUGGCAAGAGUUAGCUGUGCAAACAUCUUGUUUAACCAAAGAAAACACGCUGGUAACUUACUUUUAAUUUAAAUUUUUCCUGCAUUUUAUGUUAAUCCCAUAUUCAAAUUGUUGUUAAAUGAUAAUUUAAAAUCAUAGUACUUUACAGCAAAUACAGUGAAUAAAUUGACACUUUUAAUUAAAUCUA